AUGGCGGAAGGCGAGCGCAUCGCCUUUGGCAUCCUCGUCCCCGUCCUCGUCGUUCUCUCGGGCAUCUUUGCCGGCCUUACGCUCGGUUACAUGUCCCUCGACGAGACCCAGCUUCACGUCCUUUCGACGACGGGCACCGAGGUGCAGCGGGCGCGGGCGCGCAAGAUCAUCCCCAUCCGCAAGGACGGCCACCUGCUCCUGACGACGCUCCUCAUCGCCAAUAUGAUCACCAACGAGACGCUGCCGAUCAUCUUUGACCCGCUGAUCAGCAACCCGAUCGGCUCCGUCGCCGCCUCGAUUGUGCUCAUCGUCAUCUUUGCCGAGCUUAUCCCCCAGUCGACGUGCUCGCGCUACGGCCUCGUCAUUGGCGCCUACAUGGCCUUUCCCACCCGCAUCGUCAUCCUCGUCCUCUGGCCCGUCGCCUUUCCCGUCUCGCGCAUCCUCCACUGGGUCCUCGGCCCGCACCACGGCAUCGUCUACCGCCGUGCCGAGCUCAAGGAGCUCGUCGCCAUCCACGCUGCCUCGGGCGGCCGCGGCGGCGAUCUCAAGGGCGACACGGUCAUGAUCGUCGGCGGCGCCCUCGACUUGCAGGAAAAGGUGGUGCGCCAGGCCAUGACGCCCAUCGACUCGGUCUUUAUGCUCCCCUUUACCGCCACGCUCGACUAUCCCACGCUGGAAAAGGUCGUGCGCAGCGGCCACUCGCGCAUCCCCAUCUACCAGGAGUUUGACCGCAAGAAGAUCAUCGGCACGCUCCUCGUCAAGUCGUGCGUGCUUCUCGACCCCGAGGAUGCGAUCCCCGUCUCAUCGAUGGUCAUCAACGCCCUGCCCACCGUGCCUGGCGACGAGCCGCUGCUCAACGUGCUCAACGCCUUCCAGGAGGGCCGCAGCCACAUGGCCAUCGUCUCGGCCCGCCCG